GUUCGGGAUGCAGGGAGCCAGGUGGUGGUGGCCGAGGUGGCCUCAGCGACCCCUUCCUUCACCGUGAGCGGCCUGGCCCCUGGCAGGGACUACCUGGUCCUCGUCACCGCCACCAACAUCAAGGGACAGUCUCCCCCCUACCUCAUCCCUGGCUUCGCCCUCAAGGUCGCAGAGAAUAAGAUAAACAACACCGGCUCAGGCGAGUCCUCACACCUCAUGCUGGUGUUCGUGGGGGCUGUCAGCGGCUUCGUCCUCAUCUUGACUCUCCUAGCAAUAGCCACGCGUUUCCGAUGCCGGCGCCGUCGUAGGAUUCCAGACGUAGCGGCCGCCAACAACAAACCCAGAGAGGAAGUGCCGCUCAAACCACUGUCUCCCAGCUCCUUAGACGAGGUACCACAAGACAUUAUUUCUCCCGAAACUCAAGUUCAAGUUAGUGAACCUCAGAUACCGGAGAGUCCGGGAUGUGGGCGUCGGGUCCAGACGUAUGUGCCCAGCCCGCCCACCCACUCCUGCACCCUGCCACGCCCACACCCCCGCCCACAGCCCCUCCACUCCGUCGACCUCCCACACAUGACCUCCAGCAACCAUAAGUACUAUACACUCAAGAUUAACUGUACCAGACAGAGCAAUGAGAGCUUCGUCUGA